UAUCGAGUCUCAUACUUAAAUAGACGAAAUCAACCUUAUACUUGCAUAGUCUCUAUCUAAUACUCAAAGUUGCACAAACUUCCUUAUUCAAACAUUUCUCAUCAUGGCACAAGAAACACCUUAUUAUACCUUGGCAGAGGGCGGUCCUCUUUCAAGGAAUGAUACGUCAGUUCAACUACGAACUGGUGGUGGCGGUGGUGGUUUUGUCCUUCUCACAUCAACUCAACUCCUCGAGAACCUGGCACACUUUGCUCGGGAAAGAAUCCCUGAAAGGAGUGUCCAUGCUAAAGCAGCAGGAGCAAGAGGGUACUUCGAAGUCACAGAUGAUAUCUCAGAUCUUACCGACGCUGAUUUCUUGACUGGUGUCGGCAAGAAGACAGAAGUUCUCGCUCGUAUUUCCACUGUUGGCCCUGAAAAGGGGUCAGCGGAUAGCGUGAGAGACUUCAGGGGCUUUGCUAUGAAGUUCAAGACCUCGCAAGGAAACCAUGACUUCGUGUUCAACAAUCAUCCGGUAUUCUUCGUUCGCGACCCGACCAAGUUCCCUUCGUUGAAUCGUAGCCACAAGCGCGAUCCUCGGACAAAUAUCGCUAGCUCGGACAUGUUCUGGGACUUCCACGUCCACAACCAGGAAAGCAUCCAUGCGUUAAUGUUCCUCUUCGGGGAUCGAGGAAUUCCCGCUUCCUUCCGACACGUGAAUGCUUAUAGUGGCCAUACCUAUAAGUUCACCAAAGCAGAUGGUUCAUACUGCUACGUCCGCAUCCAUUUCCUGACUAAUCAGGGGAUUCACUACUUCACGGACGAGGAAGGGGCCAUAUUGGCCGGCACCGAACCCGACAGGAACCUCGCGGACCUCCAAGACGCCAUCCGAUCAGGCAACUUCCCUUCAUGGGAUAUGUACGUGCAAGUCAUGCGCCCCUCAGACAUCGCCGACGCGCCCAUCGACAUCUUCGACAUGACCAAGACCUGGCCCCUGGGAAAAUACCCCCGGCGCAGAGUCGGCCGCAUGACGCUCGACAAGAACCCGGCGAACUGGUUCGCGGAGAUCGAGCAGGCCGCCUUCAGCCCGAGCAACAUGGUCCCCGGCAUCGACGCGAGCCCCGACCCGAUGCUGCACGCGCGCAUGUUCGCGUACCCGGAUGCGGCGCGCUAUCGGCUCGGCGCGAAUUACCAGUUCCUGCCUACGAACGCGGCCAAGAGCGAGGUCUACUGCCCGAUCGAGCGCGACGGGGCUAUGAAUUUCACGGCGAACUACGGCGGCGACCCGAAUUACAUCGGUGCGAAGAUCAAGCCAACGAGGUUCCUCCAGUAUGGGCAAGAGGGACAGGCUCAAACCCAGCGACGCGGCGGGCUCGACCAGGUAGCGGCUGAUAACGCGGUGCCUGUGGUAUUCUCCUCGGAGGUUACUGAUAAGGAUUUUGAGCAGUCUGCGGCCCUGUGGCAUUUGAUGGAGAAGCAAGACGGUGCGCAACAGCGAUUCGUGGGUAACGUAUCGGCUCACCUGAGUGGCGCGCAGACGAAGUGGAUUAGGGAGGAAGCCUAUGCGAUGUUCCGACGUGUCGACGAGAAGCUGGGGCAGAUGGUGGAGACCGCGACGGAAGCGCGUGUCCAGGGCCAACUCAGCAGGGAUCUGCGCAAGAUGGCCUGGCACUGAGUAAGCUCCGGGCUUCGACUGGACUUGGCUUUUUGGUAGGAGUGCAGAUGUGAGAGAUUAGAGUGGUACAUAAACGGUUGCAUACGAUAGACGAGAUGAAUCCGGAGAUGCGCGGAGAUGGACGGAGAUAUACGAUCUUAAUUACCUAAAUCACCUCUCUUAUUGGCUUUCCCUACUGCGUGGCUAACGCCA